AUGUUUCCCUUUUGCAAUUGGAAUUCAAUGGGCUCAAAUACAUCCAAAGAAACAAGCUCGAACGGAGCUCCCGGCUCUUCGGGUCAGGAAAUCCUCAAUGAAAAAUGCACAUACUUUGACUCUACAAGCAUAUCCGAGUUGGUCAAUGGCUUAUCAUUAGGUGCGAAAGACACAUCCAAUGCUAUCACUGUAUCCCAUUUAUCGAGCUGGGAAGCCAAGUUAUUAGCUGAUCCCAAAAAUAGAUUGGCACAAAAUGCUUUGUCCAAGAAUGACAUUGCCGCCAUCACUGCAACCAGUGGAACAAACUUGUCCUUAAAAGACAGAUACUUUUUUAACGUCGAAGUUGACACCAUUGGCUCCCCUUCCUAUCUCAACAACCAAAAAUCUUCUGGAAGAUGCUGGAUAUUUGCCACUUGCAAUGUGUUGAGAGCCCAUGUUAUCAAGAACUACAACUUGGACCCCCAAAAAUUCCAAUUGUCCCAAAGCUACUUGUUUUUCUACGAUAAGUUGGAAAAAGCCAAUUUCUUCUUGGAAAACAUAAUUGACACUGCCGAAGAAGAUUUAGAUUCACGCUUAUUACAGUUUCUCUUUUCUGGAUCCGUUAGUGAUGGCGGUCAAUGGGAUAUGAUUGUCAAUGUCAUUAACAAGUAUGGUAUCGUGCCCAAUGAAGUGUUCCCUGACAAUGCUCAGGCAGUCUCAACUUCGAAAUUGAACUAUGUGUUGACAAACAAGUUGAGAGAAUACGCCUUGAUCUUGAGAAAAUUGAUCGCCAAGGGUGCAAGCAAAGAGGAGAUUCUUGGCGCCAAAAAUGCCAUGAACAAAGAAGUUUACAACAUCAUUGCUUUGAGUUUAGGUACUCCUCCAAAACCUUCUGAUCUGUUUUCUUGGGAAUUCAUCGACAAGGAUGGGAAGUAUAGUCACUUUGAGACUUCCCCUGUGGACUUUUACCAGUCGCAUGUGAAGUAUGAUGUUUCCAAAAGGUUCUCUUUAAUCAACGAUCCUAGGAAUGAGUACAAUGCCUUGUACACCGUUGACAGGUUGAAUAAUGUUUACGAAGGUAAACCGAUUGAAUAUGUUAACGUUGACUUGCCUAACAUCAAAAAGGUCGCUAUCAAGAUGUUGAAAGAUAACGAACCUAUUUUUUUCGGUUCUGAUGUUGGUAAGUUCGGAGACACUGCUUCUGGUGUUUUGGACACUGGAGCGUAUGAUUACUCUUUGGUUUUCAACACUAACAUGAAUAUCACUAAACUUGAAAGAUUGAAGACCGGCUCCUCUGCCAUGACCCAUGCAAUGGUCAUCACAGGUGUUCACUUGGACCCCAAGUCAGGAAAACCAAUCAGAUGGAAAAUCGAGAAUUCUUGGGGUGACGCAGUUGGUGACAAAGGCUAUUUUGUCAUGACAGAUGCUUGGUUUGACGAGUAUGUUUUCCAGAUUGUCACGAGCAAGAAGUACGUGGAAAAGGCGACUUACGAUAUCUGGAAGGCGAAGGAUUUCAAAGUGCUUCCUUUCUACGACCCAAUGGGUGCUUUGGCGUAG